UAUAGUUAAAAUCUUAUAGGUAGGCACGACAAUUGUCACGAUAAAACGAGAAAAGUUUCGUUAUUCUAAUAAUAUUUUACCGAUUUCGUCAUCUCAGCGAUAUUAUCGAGUGGUCGACGAGCGGCAACGAUUCCGUCUACCACUGUAUCCCGGAGCCGACCGCGUCAUAACUGCGAUUCUCGUACGCCGCAGAUUACGGAGCGAUUAGUCUCGAGGCACUUGCUCCAAUUAUUGCCGUAUAUAAAUCGCUCCCACGGCGUGCGCCAGAUCCAAUCGCCGUCAUGUCGCCGACCCGUCAUCAUCGUGUCAUCGUCAUCCUAGUUAUCGCACUCUGCGUCACGACGGCGCUGACCGCGGGCAACGCGACACCAUUGCCGCCGACUCGCUUUCGCGCGGCCAACAUAUUGGCCGUAGGAACUGUGCCGGGCCAAAGCCACUGGAACUUUAUGAGCGCCGUUCUGCGGGCGCUGACUGACCGCGGCCACUCGGUGGUCGCGUUCACGUCGUACCCGGCGCAGCGGCCGUCGUCCACGCAUGGCAAUUACACGGAAGUGGACACGUCCGCCGUGCUGCUCCGGCACGCCGGUGAACUGGCAUCCCGCGUGCUGUCUGACUACAGCCGACUGUCGUACAUUGUGCCGUCAGUGGUCCGAUGGAGCAGACAGUUCUGCGACGCGGUGUACGACAUGGAACAGAUCCGGGCGCUCAUGGUCAACGGCACCGACACGGCAGCCAGGUUCGACCUACUGGUCACCGAGCCGCUGGGCUCCGAGUGUGUGGCACACCUGGCCGCCGCUAUUGGGCUGCCCAUGGUGUACGUGGUACCGACGCCCAUGAUCACGUACAUGCAACCGUCCAUCGUCGGCCACUCAGCCAACCCGGCGUACGUACCGCACCUCCUCUACGGCUCGGCGGUCCGGGCGUUUCGGCACAGGUUGGUCAACACGGCCAUGUACGCCUAUGGACGGCUGGUCCGGUGGUAUGCCGAGCGCACGGCUCUCCGGCGGCCGUACGAUUUCGGCGAGCCAGCCAAACCCUCAGUCGUGUUCGUCAACAGCCACCACGUCACAGAACCCACUAUGUUACUGCCCACAAACGUCAUACACGUUGGUGGAAUACACUUGGACCGAGACGGUGGAGCACUACCGACAAAUAUAUUAGAAUUUAUUGAGAAUUCCCCACAUGGUGUUAUUUAUUUCACGUUCGGAUCAGUCAUAGCCAUGUCAAGUUUACCAGACCACAUUCAAGAUACAUUUAAAAACGUAUUUCGACAAAUUCCUCAAAGAGUUUUGUGGAAAUAUGAAGGUGAAAUGGCAGAUAAACCGGACAACGUGAUGAUAGGCAACUGGUUUCCUCAACGUGACGUUCUCUUGCACCCAAACGUCAAAUUGUUCAUUAGUCAUGGCGGGAUAUCUGGCGUGUACGAAGCAGUAGACGCGGGUGUUCCUGUUUUGGGCUUUCCACUUUACUACGAUCAACCAAGAAACUUGCAAAGUCUAGUGGACGCGGGCAUGGCAAUCACAAUGGAAUUAUUAUCGAUCACCGAACAACAAUUUCUACACUCCAUCAAGGAACUUUUACACAAUACAAAUUACACAAAAAAUGCUAUAAUCACCGCGGACCGUUUCAGAGACCGUCCUAUGACUCCUCAAGAGUCAGUCGUCUAUUGGACGGAGUACGUACUUCGUCACAAGGGUGCGCACCACUUGAAAUCCGAAGCACUGAACCUCACGUGGUAUCAAUACAUGUUACUGGAUGUGAUUUUCGUCGUUGUCGUGUCGUUCCUGAUCGUAGUGUACAUGGUUUAUAAGACGUCUAGAUUAUUUUAUUCACAUGUCACGAAUUAUUUGAUUAGAGCCAAAGUUAAGCAACAAUAGGUAAUAUUAUAUAAUUAAUUAGAUAAACUAUUGUUCGGAAAAUGUUAACACACCUGUUUAUAACCGCCGUCUUAGAUGGAAAAAUCAAUCAUUGAUCUCUGUCUCGCACACGCGCUUAUAUUUUAUACACAUUAAAAUGUUAAGUAGGUAUAGGUAAAUACUUGGUUGACAAUUGACAUAUUGUACACCGUUUAGUUCAACUGUUCUCCGUGGUUAAUCGUCUGCCAUCAUUACUCUUAAGUCAUAACUAAGAGUUAUGAAUUAAGAUUAUAAAUUAUAAUAGUUACUAAAUAUGUCAACACGAAGAACAUAUUAUAGUAAAUACCCAAGUAGGUAUAACGCGUAUAACCACCAAAGUUUGUAAUGAAAAUAUUAUUGAAAACAAUAUAAUCCAUGCUCUAUCAGAAUCUUUAAAGCUGAAUAGAAACGUAUACUUACUUUUAUAUAGGUACUACUUGUAUUUUAACUAUCACUUAAAUUGGACGAAAUCGUUCAAAAUAUAUUUUUUUACAUUAGUUUUAAACAUUUACUUAGUUGUUACAAGUAAAGUAUAUUAUAGUAUGAUAUGUAUAUGCCAUACAUAAUACAGAUUGCUGUUCUGUACUUGGGCAAUUAUCUAAUUAUGGUUUAUAAUUAAUAUACAAAGUUUAAUUAGUCUAAGGUAGAAAUAAAUAAUAAUCAAUAUAUUAUCAUAGUUAUUAGCUUAACAUCUGUAUAUUAUAAUGUAUAUAGUUUGUGUAUUUAUUAUUGUUAUAGUAUCUAGCGUCCUAACUCCUAGCUGUAUAAAAAAUAAGUACCUAGGUAUCUAUUUAAUCAAUAUAUAUUCAUAUUUUAUUACCUAUUUCUAUUCUGUAAUUGUGAUAAUUUGUAAUGUGUCUAAUGAAGAUUUUACUAUUACAUCAUACUACUUGGUAUUUAAUAUUUUUGUACAUUCUUGAUAGUAUAAUAAUUAUAAUAAAAUUUAUAAAAUUAAACA